GCAACGCACGACUCAGUCAUGUACAAAUUUGAAAAUGCUAGAGCAACGCACGACUCAGUCAUGUACAAAUUUGAAAAUGCUAGAGCAACGCACGACUCAGUCAUGUACAAAUUUGAAAAUGCUAGAGCAAGAGGCAGCGAGGUUGAGAGAGUUGAACUGGACCUGGAAAAGAAAAUAGCAUUGGUUGAGUUCAAAGAUCCAAGUGUUAUAAACAACGUUCUUUCCAUACCACAAACUUUGGACAAUACGGUUCUAACCGUGGAACGCUAUCUUCCAAGCCUUAGUUUAAAAGAAAGAAAUAAAACAGAACUGAGAGUAAAACUGCAAAAGGCUGUCCUACGCUAUCUCUCGGGUUACGGCAAAACUAUCUUGCAAGGCUUGCGAUUGGAAACGAACUUAACGAAGAUAGAGAUUGGAAAAGAAGAAUUGGUGCUGUUGGGUGAGAAGUCAGCAGUCGAGAGUUGUUGUACGAGAAUACAAGAUCUUACAAAAGAUCUAAAGGUAGAGAAGAUGGAUUACGGAACACCGGAAACAGCGUCGAGUAUAAAAGAAAUGGCGUACAUGGCAAUUGAGAGCAUUGAAAGAAAACAUCGAUGUGGAAUUGCAGUCACAGUCAACGACCAGCCAGAAAGACUGGACCAGGAGGACACUUUCCCACAGAUUUCGGUGGAAGUUGUAAAAGGUUUUGGGGAAUUUGAAGGUUUGCAAAUUGCUGCACAUGGUUAUAAAGGCGCCCACCGACAAAUCCAUGAUUGA